GAAAUACUUAAUUCACCAAAGCUUAACAAAUCGAGGACAAAGGUGAAAUAAUCAGAUGGAUUCGAUAUUACACUUGAUCGUUCCCUGUCCAAUGAUGAUAAUCAAUCUGAGGACACCACUGUUACUCCUAACCUUGUUCUUUCAGGUCCACCGCUCUCUCCAUCGGAAGAGGAACCCAAUGGCUUCACUCAGAUCAAAACAACUAUUUUAUGAGGUGGGCUAUACAUCACACCCCAUGAUCACAAGAAGUCAAUCUAGAUAUCCUCAACAUGAAGACGAUUAUUACAUUUACCAUGUUGAUGCUAGGUUGAACUCUCCACACAAACUUGCUACAGCUCUCCAGAGAUACAAGUCUUCUCACUCGAAAGCUAUAAUCUAUCACUGGAAGGCAAUUCAGUUCCACAACAGAUUUAACAGAUCCAUUUCAUCGACGGUCGGGAUACCUACAAAUAAUUUCAAUUGUCAAAUCCAUGUUUUUUAUUAUAUAUUUUACUUCAGCUUUUGAAUGUUCGUUUUUCUUUCUCUUCUCUGUAUCGUUUUAUACGAUCUCUUGUAACCUUAACUUUUAUUAAUAAUUUUGGGUAGUAUUCCCCGGCAAAAAAAAACAGAUGGAUUCGAUCUAGGAAUCUAUUAAAACUUAAUGUUGAUGCCUCUUUCUCACUCGAUAGAUCGAUGGGUGGCCUCAGCUUUCAUUCCAAGCGGAGUCUGCUCUGGAAGCUGAAAUCUGAGCCGCUGUGUUUGCAUUCCGAUGGACGCUGGAUAAUGGUUUUACAGGCUUUGAAAUGGAGACGAAUUGUCUAAGGCUCAUCUCUCUUCUUCAAGAUACAUCUUACCCAGGGAGAUGUAAGGUUUAUCUACAGGAAAUGCAGCCAGGUUCCAAUUUGGCUGGGAUAAUGUUCCAACAAACUCUUGAUGAAGCCAACUGGACGGCACAUAUAUUUACUCAGGAUUAUACCUUAUAUGAUCCCAACAGCUUAAUUUCCUGUUUGAGCAUUAAGAAUGUUCCUCAUUUAAUCAAGAAAGCUUUAAGUACAGACUAUACCGGUAUGCCUUAUUUUCAUAGAAUUUCUAGGUAUUUUUUUUUGGGUCAGGCCUAGC